AUGUUCAAGAUCAUUGCCCUUUCCGGCCUUGUCGGCAUCCUGCCGCUAUGCGCGGCUCAGACCCGGCCGGUGCAAACAGGACAGCCCGGCGGAACCGGACCCUACCCAGCUUCAUGGACGACCGACUUUCCGCUCACCAACCACACCAUCUUCGCCCCGGUCGACCCUCCCGCAAAUCUCAAGCUCCCCGUCAUAGUGUGGGGUCAGACAGGCUGCUCCUACGACGCGCUCCGCUUCGAGCAGUUCCUCAUCGAAGUCGCCUCGCAGGGCGUUUUCAUCAUCGCCAACGGCACUCCCGACGGCAGCGAUAACCCCAACGGCAUCGCGGAGACCCAAAACCCCGAUUCCUCUCUGCACUUGGCGGCGAUUGACUGGGUCACGGCCGAAGCCGGAUCCGGCGCAUAUGUCAACGUGGACGCGUCAAGGUUGGCCGCGGCCGGGCAGAGCUGCGGCGGAGUGCAGGCGUACUCGGUGUCGGACGACGAGCGAGUGACGGCGAUCGGCAUCUUUAACUCGGGCAUGAUUAACGCCAACGACCCGUUGCCGACGACGAUCGACAAGCCCAUCUUUUACUUCCUUGGCGGACCCUCCGACAUUGCCUAUGCUAACGGAGAACGAGACUACGUGAAUCUUCCGGCGGACACGCCCAAGUGGAAGGGAAACCUUGCCGUCGGACACAUGGGCACCUACGCGGCUGCUAAUGGAGGCAAGUUCGGCGUCGCAGCGUCGCACUGGGCGCGAUGGAUCUUGCGCGGGGACGCCGAAGCCGCCGGCUUCUUCACCGGCAGCGGCACCGAGACGGCAGAGGCUGAUGGCUGGGAGGUUGUUCACGAUAUGCUUGACGCCAUCGAGGUUGAAAGCUGGGACGCAUAA